AGCACCAUGGAGAUUCCAUCCUCGGGCCCGUACCAACGGCGCCUAUCCGAGAAUCUCUCCUCUGGUCUACGUCCUUCGCCACCAAGCUCCUCUGGAGGUUCUCCAAGAGGAAUGAUACCGCCGCCUAAUCCACUCUCCACGGUCGGGGCAGCCUCGCGCACGCCCGGUCUCAAUGUGCCCUCGAUGGCUCAGAUGGGCCCGCGAUCGCCAGGAGGGUACAGCACGACACAGUAUACUUCUACUUCACCGAGCACGGCUUCGGGCGGGGCUCCAGAUAUUCACACCAUUGAACCGUCGUACGUUCCGGCUGGACUUAGCAGUAAUCAGAAACGUGCGUAUCGGCAACGCAGAAAAGAUCCUUCUUGCGACGCCUGCAGAGAGAGGAAAGUCAAGUGCGAUGCGACCGAGACAACGGCAUGCACGGAGUGCUCGAGCAGGAACCACAAAUGCCAGUUUACGAAAGAGACGAAUAGACGAAUGUCUUCGAUCAAACAGGUCCAAGAUCUUCAGUCGCAGAUCUCCGAACUCACGCAGGUCAACAACAGCCUGAGGACUGCCAUUGACAGCAGAGAGAGGGAUAGCAUGGAUAUCGAUCAACGGCGCCCCAACUCAACAAGGUCCAAGACACCGGGCGCGUCACAUAGACCUAGAAGAGUCCCGGCUCCGGCGAUGAACAACUUCGAAGCCGUUCGCAGGAAUAUUCAAAUCCAUUCAAAAGACAUCUUUGAGCCUCCAGUACGGGAACAACAGGACUCGGGCACUGAUCAUUUGCCACAGCAUACUCUUGAGCUUCCUCACCGCGCAGACUUUACCAACAUAUCGCAAAGCUAUCUGAGUUCGAUCCACGAAGCCUACCCGAUUCUGCACUGGCCUACAUUCAUGGCCGAGGUAGACCACGUCUACAGAGCAAGAGACUUACAAGUCAUGUCGCGGGAAUGGAUUGGCUUGUUCUUCGCAGUUCUUGGGUGCGGACAUCUCAACCUACCAGCUAAUAUGAGCAGUCUAGCGCGGGCUUCUAGCAAUGGACGCAAGUUCUAUGAAAUUGCUAUCCAGUGUACAUCCCCGUGGUCCAGCGAACCCAACAUUAUCCAUGCGCAGACUCUAUUUUUGAUGAGUCUCUACGCAGCGGAAAGCAACAUGAGGUCUGCAGGCAACAUGUGGUUGGCUUCUGGUAUCAGAAUUGCGCAGUGUCUGGGUCUUGGGAUAGAGGACGACGGGCAGCCGUUCUUGCGAGCAGAGAUGCAGAGAAGGAUUUGGUGGGCCUUUUACGUACGAGACAGAGUCACCUCGUUCGGAGCUAACUGCCCAAUGUCGAUAUCUGAAGACGAUUGCGAAGUUUCAUUACCAACUUCUGCUGAGGAUCGAGACAUGCAGCUGCAUGGGUUAUUCCGACCUCCAAAAAAAGACGCGUUCAGCAGUUUUGUCGCCACCAUUGAGAUCACACGCCUCUAUUCAGGACUCUACCAAACUCUCAAGUCGAGUUCCAUCACCCACGAGUACCUCGCAGCCCACGACGAUGACUUGCGCUCGAAGCUAGCUCUGCUACCUCUACACUCUCCCUCGGUGCCAGACAACUCCCUUGAUCUCUCGGUCCUUGGCCCUCUUAUCGCCAUCGACUUUGCCCGAUUCCAGCUCUACCGCCGUAACAUUUCUCCCGUAUGUGCUCCAGCGGACCGUAACGUGGCACUCCACUGGUGCGUUACAGUCGCCCAAGACACUACAAGAUAUGUCCAGCGCGUUUUACCGCCCGGGCCGUAUACCGAAUCGUCGUCUUCGCUAUCAAACACCCCUACAUCAGACAAGGACUGUCAAACCCGUAUCCUCCCUCUCGCCAGCAACACCAUCUGCCUCCACCUCUGGCGCUGCAUCCUGAUGCUCAGUCUCCGCCGCGACUUCUCCUCGGCGCUGACCUGCGCGCGACUCUCCGCAGCCAUCGGCAGCAUCCGCCCCCUCAACACAGCCUGCGGCCACAACACCGUCUUCUUCCUCGAAACGCUCCUCGACCGCCUCCGCUCCCCAACCCCAAACACCAUGAACCGCCCCAUCCCCGACACCUCCCCCCUCGACGAUGAACCCCUCCUCGCCUACGCAACCGGCGACCUCCAAUCCUCCCUCGAGCAUUCCUGGGCCUGGCCCCCAUCCUCCUCUCACCUCGCCUCCUCAACAUCCCCAUCUCCAUCCUCCCCCCCACCCUCCGCAACCCCCCUCCCUCCCUCCUCCUCCCCCUACGCUCUCCGAACCCCCGCUUCCUCCACCCUCCCCCAACCCCCCACAGCAUCACCACCACCAGAUCAAACACCAUCACAAACCCCCCUCCCAAUCCGCAACACCCCCGCCGCACCCCCAAUCCCCGCAACCCCAACAACCCCUUCUUCUUCGACAUCCGCAGAUCAAACCCCAUGGCCACACAUCCAAACACUCCUGCACACCCUCAUAGACGAGUCCUCGCGUCGCGGUAUUGCUCUCCCUCCUCAGCCUCCCUCUCCUCUCCCCCCUUCUCCGUCCUUCCAAUCCACGCAAGCUCCGCAAUCCGCUUCAUCGAGUUUCGCCGCUACCCUCCCUCCUCCUCCUCCUUCUUCUUCUUCUUCCGCGGCGUCGUCAUUCUACCAGCACGGAACCAGCGGGAGUGGAGGGACCACGUAUUACGCUUCGUUGCAUAAUCCCGGGAAGAGGGUGCAGAUUGAGGUUUCUAGCCCCAGCCCCAUGUCCUCUGGGACGACGACGACGACGACGGCAGCGACCGUCGCGCCGGAGCAGAGUAGUGCUGCUGCUGCUGCUGCUGUUGCUGCGGGGACGAGGAAACGAGAUGUUGAAGAGGGGAAGAGUAGGAUUAGUAUUGCUAAUAUUAUAUAAUCUGUUUCUUUUUUUUUCUUCUUGUUUUUUAAUCUUGUUU